GACCGAGAGAGCGAAAAAAAUGGCCAUGGUCCCGACAUGCUCCGUUUUGAUGUUUCGUCCUUUGGUGCACGCUGCGCUCUUCACGUUCCUCGUCGUUCUUCCGAGCACUUCUAUCGCGGAUAACACGGGCACGACGAAACCGCCUCCGUGCUCAAGUGAGAUAUACUGCCACGGCGAUCUGCUGCACACGGUACAAAUGGCCGGCAUAUACAAGGACUCCAAGUACUUCGUUGACAUGAAAAUGAAGCGACCGGCAAACGAGACGCUGACGUCGUUCUGGACCUUCAUGAAGAGCAUGAACAACGCGCCGAACAAGCACCAGGUGGAGAAGUUCGUCAACGACACGUUCGAGCAGCCGGGUUAUGAAUUCGAGGACUGGGACCCGGCCGACUGGACGGCCACUCCCAAGUUCCUGCAGAAUAUCGAGGAUGACGAGCUGCGGAAGUUCGGCUCCGAUCUCAAUCACAUCUGGAAAUUGCUGGGCAGAAAGAUGCGGGAUGACGUUCGGAUCAAUGAACAGCUCUACUCGAUCAUCUAUGUACCGCACCCGGUGAUCGUACCCGGCGGACGAUUCCGUGAGUUCUACUAUUGGGACUCGUACUGGAUCAUCAAAGGCCUGUUGUUAUCCGAGAUGCAAAACACCGUCAAGGGCAUGCUGAACAAUUUUGUUAUGAUAGUGGAUAAGAUCGGUUUCAUACCAAACGGCGGUAGAAUCUACUAUGCGAUGCGCUCGCAUCCGCCACUAUUGAUACCUAUGGUAGAUGAAUAUCUAAAGAUUACCCACGACCAUGCCUGGCUGAAGGAGAACCUCUGGUUACUGGAGAAGGAGUUCAACUUCUGGAUGACCAACCGUACCGUGGAUAUUGAGAAAGACGGGAUUAACUAUACGCUCGCUAGAUAUUACGAAGAGUCAUCAGGUCCCCGACCGGAAUCCUAUAAGGAGGACUAUCUGACGAGCCAAAGUUUUCGAACUGCCGAAGAAAAGGACAAUUACUAUUCGGAAUUGAAAACAGCUGCCGAGUCCGGAUGGGAUUUUUCCAGUCGAUGGUUCGUACACGAGGGUACCAACAAGGGUAAUCUGACAAAUCUCAAGACCAGAUCGAUAAUUCCGGUCGAUCUUAAUACCUUCUUAUACCGAAACGCCAUACUGCUAGCGAAAUACAAUCGUCAGAUGGGUAAUGAGACAAAGGCCGUGUAUUACGAUGACUUGGCUGAGAAAUGGAAAGAGGCGAUCAAGAUGGUAUUAUGGCACGAGGAGGUGGGUGUCUGGUUGGACUAUGAUAUAUUGAAUGACAUCAAGCGAGACUACUUCUAUCCUACCAACAUUUUGCCACUCUGGACAGACUGUUAUGACACUUCUAAGAGAACUGAAUACAUAUCGAAGGUACUCAAGUAUCUGGAAAAGAAUCAAAUCAUGUUAAAUCAGGGCGGCAUACCGACGACAUUAGAACAUUCUGGUGAACAAUGGGACUAUCCCAAUGCCUGGCCGCCUCUCCAAUAUUUUUUCAUCAUGUCGCUGAAUAACACGGGUGACCGAUGGGCACAGAGAUUAGCCUACGAGAUUAGCCAGAGAUGGGUCCGUAGCAAUUAUAAGGCUUUCAAUGAGACUCACAGCAUGUACGAAAAGUAUGAUGCGACCGUCUCGGGUGGCCACGGUAGUGGAGGUGAGUACGAAGUACAACUUGGUUUCGGCUGGUCAAACGGACUCAUUAUGGUAUUGCUGGAUAAGUAUGGUGACAAGUUGACCGCGGAGGAUUAUUUCUCGGCAGACGCCGUGGUUGAAAAUGCAGCGUCACCGCCGGUCGUUUCAACAGCUGGUCAAAUGUUGACUGGACUUCUAGCUCUUAUCAUAUCAUUAGCAGCAGGAUUUAUAGGGAUGGUCAUGUACAAAAGACGACAUUAUUACACGCCCGGUCCAUCGACGAUGCCGAACAAGAGGAAUGUACUGUCGAGCGGUAGCAAUUUGUAUCGAAAACGAAUCGCGUAUACCGAAUUAAAAGAUAUGAACAACGAUUGAUGACCGUUCGUUGUCUAGACCGAAUAUCGACUUGUUACAUGACUAGUGAAAGCAAAAGUAAAUACGCGCACACAUGUAGGAGAAAAAAGAAAAUGAACAGUUGGCAGGAUGGAUACGGAACGACGAUGUCAGGAUGAAGAGAAGUUCCGAAACGCUAAUACAGAAAAAUACACUCACAAGAGAAGAAUAAUCAGCGCAGAAUAGUAAAUGGAGAUGGAAGAGCGUCUAUUAGGGAGAGAAUGCAAAUACGUUCGAAGAUGGAAUGUAACGUGAAGCUUUGACAAGGUCUUCCAGCUUACAAAACCGAAUGAUGACAGGAUCAACGAUCGUGCAGGAUCUUAAGCUGUUUAUUUGAUUCUAGUUCCAUUGGGCUUAAUGCAGAGUUGAAAUAAGGAAGAAGCAGGAGUAGAUUUAUAUGUAUUUAAAAAUUAGGAUAAAGAAAAUGCGUGUGCGUGUGUGUAUGUGUCUGUAUGUACGUUGUGUAGGUAUGUGAAAUGGCCUACUCCUGCGAUCGACUGGGGGAUUUAGUUUCAAUUUAGUGGAAUAUUAGAUAAAAGAGUGUAAUGGAGUCUCGUAAAUUAUUUAUUGAAUUUACCGGAAGGUACUAUCAUGCAGGAGCUCCACAAUGCCUUUUUAAGCAGGAUUCAUUUAAAGGAAGGAAAACGUAUACGUUGUCAGCUUCGAUAUUAUAUUUGAUAUGCUGCAAUGUUUACCGAGGUAGUUUUAAUAUUAUUAUUUUUAAGGAUAAUUUUCACGAGCUUGGAACCGACACUGAACGACUAUUUAAGCGUAAAGUUAAAACCUACGGUGCCAUAUAUAUCUACAAAAAUAAUUGUAUGUAUGAAUAUCAAUUUUGCACAAUGUUACGUAUACCAGAACAAAACUUUUUUUGCGGCGAUGAGAAAGUGCGUACGUUUUUAUGAAUAUGUCAGCGUUAUAAUGACUUACGGGAAGCAAUUUUAUAAUGAAGUAUGUUAUAAUGACGAAUUGAUUGGCAGAAAGGAAAAUAGUAGCAAAAAUGAAGACCGCUAGUGCUAUUUGCGGAUACGGACUAAAUAAUGCAUAUGUAUAAACUUGCGAGAUUGACGCGUAUGCGAUUUAUAGAGUACUAUAUCACGUGCGACAAAAAAUGACAAAAUUAUAAGUAUAAAUAAGUACGUAUAUGUGUGC